CUGUCGCUCUGUCUGUUUUUCCAGCCUAAUUCAGCUGAGGAAGUGAUGCUGCUGGACACAACAGAGUCUACCUCAGAGCUGGGCUGGACCACCUAUCCUGACACCGGGUGGGACGAGGUCAGCGUUCUGGACGACCGGGGCAAGCUCAUCAGGACCUUCGAGGUCUGCAACGUCAACCAAAACCCCCGCCUCCAAGACAACUGGCUGGCCACGCCCUUCCUGUACCGGCACUCGGCGCCGCGGGUGUUCGUCACGUUGCGCUUCUCGGUGCGCGACUGCGCCAGCCUGCGCUCCCCGUCGCCCACCUGCCGCGAGACGCUGACCCUCUACUACAAGCAGGCGGACUCGCAGAGGGAGCUGGAGCGGACCUGGGUCGCUGAGCCGUCCAGCGGAGAGCGGGACACCAGGGAGGGAUGGGUCAAGAUCGACACCAUAGCGGCGGACAAGAGCUUCUCCAAGGUGGAGCCCAGUUCCCCUCACCAGUAUCAACCCAACCGCUACCGCCGCAUCAACAUCAAGACGCGGAGCUUCGCGCCGCUCACACGCAACGGAUUCGUCUUGGCCGUCGUUGACAGCGGCGCCUGCGUCUCCCUGAUGGGCGUGUCCGUCUUCUACCGCCGCUGCCCAGCCUCCAGCCGUUACCUGGCAUCCUACCCGGCGACCCCCUCCGGGGCGGAGGCAACCGCCUUGGUGCCGGUCAGCGGCACGUGCGUCCCUCACAGCCGGGCGCAAGGGGCCGCCGCCCCCCGCAUGCACUGUAACGCAGAAGGGGAGUGGAUGGUGCCCGUAGGGGGCUGCGUCUGUGAUGAGGGCUAUGAGCCCAACCUCAACGGCUCCGCUUGCUUGGCGUGCUCGGUGGGAUACUUCAAGUCCACGUCGGGCUCAGUCCCCUGCUCCGCCUGUCCCUCCAACAGCAGGACGAGCCAGGAGGGAGCACACAUGUGUGAGUGUCGCAGCGGCUUCUACCGAGCAGCCCACGAUGCCAACUCCUCCUCCUGCACAAGUCCUCCAUCUGCCCCCGUCUCUCUCUCCUGGGAGUAUGAGAGUGGUGACGGCGGGGUGUCCCUGCGGUGGCGCCCUCCGAUGGACAUGGGUGGCCGUGACGAGGUGUGGUAUGGGGUGGUGUGCCGCAUCUGCCCCUCGGCCACCUUCAGUAAUCCGGCAUCGUGCUCCUGGUGCGGGGAGGCCGUCACGUACAGCCCCUCCCAGACCAACCUGAAGCAGACCAAGGUCACCCUCAAUAACCUGCUGACCAGAGUCACCUACCUCAUACAGGUGCAAGCCAUGAACGAGGUCUCAGCUUUUAGUCCUUUCCCACCGAGAUACACCAGCAUCAAUUUCACCACCAGCCAGUCAGUUCCCUCUACAGUUCCCAUGAUGCACCAGCUAAGUCGGGCCCCGGACUCCAUCACACUGUCCUGGCCUCAGCCUGAUAGACCCAAUGGAGACAUCCUGGAGUACCAACUCAGAUACUAUGACAAGGGUUCGGAUGAGGACAGUGCAGUAAGUGUGUACAGUGAGACCAACACAGUGACAGUCAACUCUCUGAUACCGGGAUCCAUCUACGCCUUCCAGAUCAGAGCUCGUAACGAGAGGGGCUACGGUCCCUACAGCCACACUGUCUACUUCACCACACUGGCUCUGGAGGAGCGCUCACAGCAGAUCCAGAAUCGACUGCCUCUGCUGGUUGGGUCCGUGAUGGGUGGUGCAGCCUUCCUGCUGGUCGUGGCAGCGAUAGUGGUUGUUGUGGUUUUCCGCAGUAAGAGGAGAGAGAGUCCCUACAGCGACAGGCUCCAGAGGUACAUCAGUAACAGAGGUGGAAUAAAAUAUUAUGUGGACCCGUCCACUUAUGAGGACCCUAGUGAGGCGGUCAAGGAGUUUGCCCGGGAAAUAGACCCCACACACUUGAAAAUUGAGGAGGUGAUCGGUGCAGCCCAGUUUGGGGAGGUCUCUCGGGGCCGUUACCGUCCGCUGGGGCGCAGGGAGUUGCUGGUGGCGGUGAAGACCCUACGCUGGGGGGUGACUGACAGAGAGAGGGGUAUGUUCCUGAGUGAGGCAGGGGUCCUGGGCCAGUUUGACCACCCCAACGUGCUGAAACUGGAAGGGGUGGUCACCCGCAGUCCCCCGGAGAGGAUUAUCACUGAGUUUAUGGAGAACGGGCCCCUGGAUGCCUUCCUCAGGGAGAAUGAAGAUCAGUUCAGCAUUCUUCAGCUGGUCGGGAUGCUGAGGGGUGUAGGCGCAGGGAUGCGCUACCUCGCAGACAGAAACUUCGUCCACCGAGACCUGGCAGCCAGGAAUGUGCUGGUCAACUCCAACCUGGUGUGUAAGGUGUCUGACUUUGGCCUGUCACGACUCAUGAGGGGCCUGGACCACAACAUGCCCACCUACACUGCCUCGCUGGGCAGUAAGAUUCCCGUGAGGUGGACGGCCCCUGAGGCCUUCCAGCACCGCAAGUUCAGCUCGGCCAGCGAUGUCUGGAGCUUUGGCGUGCUAAUGUGGGAAGUGAUGUCGUACGGAGAGCGUCCCUACUGGGACAUGAGCAACCAGGAGGUGAUGAAAGCAGUAGCAGAACAAUACCGUCUUCCAGCCCCCCAUAAUUGCCCUCCAGCCCUCCACACUUUGAUGCUGCAGUGCUGGCAGGCCGAUAGAGGGGACCGGCCGGGUUUUGACUCACUCCUCUCCUCCUUGGACAGGCUUAUUAGGCACCCUGCCUCCCUCAAGGCAGAAACGGCUCGAAGCUGCUCCCAGCCCCUACUGAGCCCCACCCCCACAGACCUGUCCUCAGUGGCAACAGUGGGCGAGUGGCUAACGGCACUCAGGAUGGAGAGAUAUAAGGAUGAAUUUGACCGGGCACACCUGGACACGUUAGACAGAGUCAGCAGGCUCACUAUGGAGGACGUCCAGAAUCUGGGGGUGAACCUCCUGGGCCACCAAAGGAAGAUCGUCAGUGCCGCUCAGCAGCUUAGAGCCCACCUGACGCAGGGACAGGUGGAGGUGUGAGAUCCACCGACACACAGUGCCAUGGAUUUGAUGGUUUUUCGUGUUUCUUCAGCGGUUGUGUCUGACUUCGCCAACGUUCUCUCUGACUGAGCAAAUGUUCUGCCAAAACAAAAGGAAAAAGAAUUAGCCUUUGCACAGCAAUAGCAUUGUGUGCCAGUGCGUAUUCUGAUAGUAAACCUGACACGAUAGCCGGGAAGGGUGAAAAAGACAAUUUUACUCUCCAAACCAACCACUGACUUGAAACAAUAGAAGUUAAGAGAGAAGCACUGUGGGAGCUGCAGUCCAAGUGAAAGCGAGAUCAGAGAGGACAGUUGCUGAGAAGAAGCGGAACCUUAAGGAGUCUUCGAUGUGUUUUAUGAUGUUUCACUUAAUCGCUGUUUGCCUUUUUUUACCCGGCUCCAACACGCCGCCGCCUCAUUCUCUCGUCCGCAUUUCCACUCCUGAGUUGUCUCACCGUUGUCUCUCCUAAAACACUUCCCAGUUUUCCCGCCCUGAUUCAGAGGAAUAAAAAUGUUAAAAUGUGCUGUUUUCUUACUUUAUUUUCUUUCUUUUUGGAAUAUGGGGACAAAGAAUUGCGUGAAGACAAUCAAAAUCUUUUUCCUGGUGUCAGUUUUGUUCAAUUAUUUGUAAAGCUAGAUCGCUUCUUCUCUUCUAAAAAUUCUUAAAAGGGCAAUUGGAGGAAACAUUUUGGUUAAAAGCAGUUUAGCAUUUGCCACCUCGUGGCCUAUGGUGUCUGUUCAAAUCUAGUGGCUUAGAAUAUUAGCAUUAUUCGAUUUUCAUGUUCCUGGCCAGGGGUGCUGCCCUGGCCAGGAACAUGGCGCAGUGGUUAGCGCAGUCACCUCACAGCAAGAAGGUCGUGGGUUCAAGCCCCGGGGUAGUCCAACUUUGGGGAGGUCGUCCUCUGUGUGGAGUUUGCAUGUUCUCCCCGUGUCUGCGUGGGUUUCCUCCCACAGUCCAAAGACGUAGGUCAGGUGAAUCGGCCGUACUAAAGUGUCCCUAGGUGUGAAUGUGUGUGUCUGCCCUGUGAUGGCCUGGCGGCCUGUCCAGGGUGUCUCCCCGCCUGUCGCCCAAUGACUGCUGGGAUAGGCUCCAGCAUCCCCGCGACCCUGAGAGCAGGAUAAGCAGUUUGGAUGAUGGAUGGAUGUUCCUGGCCAAAUGGCGUCGGGCACCAAUUUGAAAUCAAUGCCAAACGCCGACUGUGAUCAAAAGUAAAUGGUUACACAGACGUAGCGGCCUUUAUCUGAGAUUUAAGGAAACCGUUGAUCUUCCAGGCCGAGCCACAGUCAGAGAGAGCACAGCAUGUUUGCAUAAUUCACUCCCACUUGGCACAUAGCGGGUGUGUCGUGACCGCCGAGCACACCGUGGCCGUCGCUGUCGAGAUGAUGGACUUCUGUGGAGUCCAUCAUCUGGACUGCGAACACGAGCCUCCGUCCAGUAUGAAAAAUAGGAACAGCACCCUCGUCGUUGUGCACACUUCACACGCCACUUCCUUUUCUGUUUGAGUGCCAGAGCGAUGUCACUGCAGCAUAUAAGCAUUGUGAAUGUGUGAAAUGGUUUAACUGGACAUGUUUGUGAACAUCUGAUUUCCACAAGAGGGAAGGCCAUGUAAUGCUUUGUUUUGUCUGUAAAAUGUGUGUCUGCCGUCUCUGUGGCAGUGUGGUUGUGUAUAUGCUAUACAUGAGUGUGUGCGUGUGUGUGUGUGUUUGCACAUGCAUGAGAGUGAUUUGAGUGUGUCAGGCUACACACAUGAUUAGUUGUGUUAAUUUGUACAAGUCUUCACCAAUAUACCACAAAUGU